AUGCGGCUACCCAACGAACUAAUCCUCGACAUGGUCGAGCAUAUGGAUGUUCGCACGCUAAAAGCAUUCAUGGCGACGAAUAAGGAGUUGUGCGGCUUCAUCAAGGACCACGAGCAUUCCAUCUCCAAGGCGCGUGCCGCGAUAUUUCCGCUUCCGCCCUUGGGCAACGUGCUCUCGUCGGCGACGCCAGAGCGCAACGUCUUGCUACAGAACACGUUUUCGCUACUCCACGAGCUCGAGAUCCGCGAACUCCGAAUCGACUAUCUCAUCCAGAAGCACCCGGAAUUCUUCAACCUCGCCUCGCCGCCGGGCCUCCCACCCCUGACUAUGGAGCAGCAGGGACGCCUGGGGCCGCUGAUCAAGCGCGCCCUGCUCCAAUGCGACGCAAUGGCCGACAUCGCGGCCAACGCGCCGUGCAAGCCCAUCGGCGAGGAGUACUACUCGCUCAUCACGUCUGGCGUAUGGUCGGUAUCGCCGCUGCCUAGGGGCCUGCGCAACAUGGACCCCUUCACCAACGUGCACGCGCGGCCGGGCCAGGUGGCGUACAUCGACUCGCUGCCCCUGGCGGACGUGGCGGUGCUCUUGUUCCUGAUCAACAUGCUGGGGUUCGGCUUCAGCCAGGCCAAGAAGUUCGACGGCUCGGACCCGACCAUCAACGAGCGCAUCACGGUGUUCGAGGAGUGCGUGCUGCGCCACGGCUCGUGGUUCGUGUGGGCGCACGUCAGCGACCGCGCCACCAUGCGCGAGAUGGCCGGACACAUGCUCCGCGCCGGCCUGACCGAGCUGACCGAGUGGGAGACGGGCGCCGAGGGCGUCCUGCAGGGCCUGAAGAUGACGCUUGUGGAGCGGUUCCGACAGCUCGCGCGGGCGCCGGGCGAUCGCGUGGUGCUGAAGAUGUUGAAGGUUGUGAAGGAGCUUGUCUGCUGA